CCCGGAUGAUGAUGAUGAUGACGACGACGACGAUGACGAUGGUGGUGGUGGUGGUUUGUUUUGAGGAGGAGUGUGGUCAGCACGGUGUGCAGCAGGAUAAUACAUUUAAACUGGUUUCAGCCAACUAAAAACGAGACUACGAAGGACAGAUACCAGUUGGGGAGGUCAUAACAAGCACGUCUGCAUGAUUGCUUUGUGUGAAAGUGCACUGAGAAAACUGACUUCUGCUGAACUGCGACCGUAACCAUGCCGAACAUUACGAUCAACGUGUACCCCUCCGAUGACGCUGCACGGAGGAGGACUCCCACAGGAAACCAGAAGAGGAAAAACAAGAGGUUCGGUAAAAAGAUGCGACACUUUGAGCAAAAGGAAUACCGGGAAGAUAAACACAAAUACAGCCACCACAGGGGACAGUCCACACAUGACCAGACUCCACGCCACAAUGGAGCGCGCUCAAAGCAUCCGGCACUUCCCACUUCCACACAAAACAAAAGUUUACCUCGUCCAGACAGUGCUUCACACAGUAGCGCCAGGCCUUCCGCAUCCACACAAAGCUUGCCUUCCUGGACUUUCACUGUGAACAGCAAAGGCAGCCAGGAGAAGCCAGAGGAACCUGUGAACACGAAAUCAGCACCCACCACCCCCUGCCCCUCAGGAUCGAGCAGCCAUAAGCCCACUGCCACAUCAGCAGCAGUCCCCACUAAGUACCUUGCCAUCGACUGUGAGAUGGUGGGUGCAGGACCAAAGGGGAGCGUCAGCCAGCUCGCACGCUGCAGUAUAGUGUCCUAUGAAGGAGAUGUCGUUUACGAUAAGUUCAUCAACCCCUCCAUGCCUGUUACUGACUACCGCACCCGAUGGAGCGGCAUCCGGCGCAGCGAUCUCGUCAAGGCCACGCCGUACCCAGAGGCCCGGAAGGAGAUACUGAGGCUGCUGAUGGGGAAGGUAGUGAUUGGCCACGCCGUCCACAAUGACUUCAAGGUCCUCGGUUACUCUCACCCCGCUGCCUUGACCAGAGACACGUCCCGAAUCCCUCUGCUCAACCAGAAGGCUGGCUUUGCCGAGAGCGAGUGCGCUUCACUGAAGAGACUCACCAAAGCCAUUUUUAACCGUGACAUCCAGACUGGGAAAAAGGGUCACUCUUCUGUGGAGGAUGCCAGAGCCACUAUGGAGCUUUACAAAGUGGUGGAGGAGGAGUGGGAGAGGAGGCUCGUCUCCAAAUCACAGGCCAGUUAGUGCCGGGUCUGAGGAGACAACACGGAAAUAAACUGAGUUGAAAUGAACAUUUGGUGUGGCAGGUAUGUGGUUUGAACUGACCAACUCACUGCAGGGCUACAGGAUCAACCCCUAAGUGCCCUGUUGACAUGAGAAUUAAGAAACCAGGAAAACUGAAUCUGCCCAUUCAGAGUCCUGGAUAAGCCUCUACCAGCUGCCUGGAAGUUAAAACUCUUUUAUUAUCAUCUAGAAGAAGAUGAAGAAGAACUGCUGGGUCUCACACUUUCAGUUUCAACAGUUUCAUUCUUACUCAGGGUUUCUUUUGUGUUUAAAUGGUGCAUCUGCCACUAGGGGGCAGUCAUGUAUUCAUUCAGUACAUCGUCGACAUGAUUGAAACGGCAUCUAUGACGACCAAAAAACACAAAAACGGUUCUAAGCUUCCAGAGGUAAAUGUUCGUAAUCAAAUCAGCAGGUCAGCUAUUCCAGGGCAACACUCAACCCAGGGUCAUGCUUACACCACCAUGGUGUAUCUCCAUCUUUCCAUCUGAGCAUGGAUGAUGCAGAAAUUUGAAGUCUGACCAAACUGCUACUAAUGGAGUUCCAUCAUCUGUCACUUGUCAGUGCAGACUUUUAUGUUUUUUUAAUAGACGGAAUAUUGACACAUUAUUCAGCUUUGAUGAACCAAUGAUGUUCUUGAGGGCCGUAGCCAGGAUUUUAGAAAAUACUGAGGUCAUGAGUCCCGCAUGAAGCUUUUAUUCAUAGUUUUCUGUCGAACCAGUAGUCUUAUGGUUUUAUAGACACACGUCUUAAAAAGUGACUAAAUGUCUUAUUUCUUAAUGUAAAUGUUUAAAAAAUGCAAGCGUAGACAUCUAUAAAGCACGCAAUUAACGUAUUAACCAAAAAUAAAACGUGAUUAUGUAAGCUCAUGAACACCACAGGAUCUGGUGUAUUGGAGCAGGAGGUUCUAAAUUUCAAAAUCAAAUUAGAUGUAGUCACUGAUCAAGUAAUUCCUCACUGAUUUCCACCUAAACUGAAAGUUAUAUACCAUGUAAACAUGGUAACAGAUUGUUAAAACCCCCGCGUCGCCUCAAGUACAGAGGACAUGACCUCAUCGGUAGCUACGGCCCCGACGUUCUUCAUAUUUCUCCAUUCACGUGCUGUCUUUAUAAACCUCCUGCUUGUCCCGGUGGCUGAUAAAACCAGGGUCCUCUUGUUCAUCUGACCUCUUUCCAGUCGGUUAUGGUGAAUCAGCUAUUGUGGAAAAUGGAAGUGCUUAGUUUGAGAGAUAUCGGCUUCCUAUGCAAUUUCAGACGAGUUCAGUUGUCUACUGUACAUUCAGCUUGGUACUUGUGUUUUAAUAUCAAUAAAU